AUGGCGAAGAACAAGCCGAUAUAUGUGACAUCAGAUUCAUGUCAUCUAGACGAAUUUCCGGUCGCAAAACGAGAACUCAAUGGCCAUGGAGCUGCGGUCGAGAUUAGGCCACGAAUGGAGCGCGAACAGGUUCGUUCCAAGGUUUUGGGUCCCAGUUCGUGGCACAAUUAUCUGGGAGCGAUCUCGAUUGGAAUCAAGAACACCCUCGUGAUUCGCUGGGUAACAACGAGCUUCGUUUCCAUUCGCCAGCAUGUCUGA